AUUGUUUAGGAUUACGCCGAGACGACAAUGAAUGAGUUGUUGGGAUGGUAUGGAUAUGAGAAGUUGGACGUUAGGGACAGAAAAAACAUGAAUUUAAAACAUUUGGUGUCCAAGAAAAAGGGCGAUUCAUUAGCUUCUAUGACCGCAAACACUGGCCGCAACUUAACCACCAUUUCGGGCAAACAUAGAGAAAGUACAAUAAAUGAACUAAAUAGAGAUGAGGGCCGCCUCUCGCCCCACAAUGGCUCCGAUAGCGGUGGCGUAGGAGUUGGCACGACCUCCACCUCCGCCACGACCACCACCGCCAACGCCAUCAGCCCCUCGACCGCCACCACCACUGCGGCCCCCAUUACCCCCAUUAGCGCUGACAGCACUGGUGUGUGUCGAUCGCCUCCAUUAACAAUAAGCACAGAAUCCAAUUGUGAGAAUGGAUUCAUAAACAAAGAUUGUUCUGAGGUGCUCGCCUUCCCUUCCCUUCCCUUUAAAGAAUCGCUCGAUUUUGCCAUACAUUUGAGUUCACUUUUGGCGAAAGAAAGCCCAGCGAAGUAA